ACACGUGACUAAAAGAUAUCUCUAGGGCUAUAUACCUAAUAAUGAUAUCCUCGCAAAUUUUCUUUUUUUGCCUGGUAACGAAACCAUCCUAGUGAAAAAAAUUAAAUUGAAUAGAAGACUUAAACAUACUACUGAACUGGUUCUUGUUAGAUAUAUACUCACAUACAUAACAAAAUGGCUAAAGAAAUCGUCGAUAUCAAACAAUUUGUUGAAUUAGCUAGAAGAGCUGAUAUCAAAUCUGCUGUUGUCAAGGUUAACCAAAAGAUUAACUCCAACGGUAAGAAAUUCAAGCAAACCAAAUUCAAGGUUAGAGGUUCUAGAUAUCAAUAUACUUUAGUUGUUAACGAUGCUUCCAAAGCCAAGAAGUUACAACAAUCUUUACCACCAACCUUAAAAUUAACCACUUUAUAAGUGUCAUUGUUAUUGUCAUAUUGAUGAAACCUUACUAGAUCAAUCAUAUGAGGUUUUAAUAUUUCAUUAAUCAGGUUUACAUUCAUAUAAUACUAUGAAAUUGUUAAAUAGUAUUGGUUUUAAUUCGAAAGAUUACAUUACGUUACACAUAUAUGAAUUGGGAUAGUCUUAAGAAAACCC